CUUAACGGAGAAAGAGAACACAUUAAGAGGAGGUCAACAGAGGCACUGCCGUCUGUAAUUCACGUAUUAGAUCGCUAAUUUCACGAGGCCGGGAACCGUCACAGGCCGCGGCAUCCGCUACCACAGCGCCCUCUCGCGGGCGCAGCGCAGCGCACGCGGUCGCCUAUCGCUGCAGGGCGCCGCGAGUGGGCUGUUCGCACUCGGCCGUUGCAGGUUCGGGUUCUGGCAGGCCGGAGCAGCGAAGGGGACGGGGGACGACGUGGCUCCCCCUGCGCCAAAACGCGACUCCUCCUUGGGGUUUGCUGGGCUCAGGCAUUCCCUGCCCCUGCCGAGCAGCGUUUCACUAUUCUGCUGGCGCUUAAGAGAAACCAUCCAACAGCAAGACUGUGCCAUGGGGCUGCUGUAGGGGCAGUUGGAACUCUUGUCCUGCUUGAGCACAUCUCAUUCCGAAGGGACCGACUGCUUUUUCAGUGGAAAGCAGCCAAGUGGGGCCGGGCAAGGAGGCUCUCACUGCCCUGCAGGGCCACACGUGAUUGGGAUGGACUUUGUGCCUUCCUUUGGGCACAGGCACAGACAGUGUGUGGCACCUGCUGCCAGCAUGGGAAAGGAUGAGGUGCUCACGCAGGAGCUGGGCCGCCUUCACGACAUCCCACUCUACAAAUCCUUUGUGGCAGGUUGGCCACAGGUGGAGGCAUUCCAAGCCCGGCACGAUGACCUGCUCAUCGCUACGUACCCCAAGUCUGGCACAACAUGGCUGAGCGAGAUCCUGGAUGCGAUCUACCAUGAUGGCGACUUGGAGAAGUGUCGGCGGGAUGCUAUCUAUAACCGGGUGCCCUUCCUGGAGAUGAAGGCCCCUGGGAUGCUGAGCGGUGUUGAACAGCUGGAGAAAACCCCAUCCCCACGGCUGGUGAAGACCCACCUGCCAGUUCACCUCCUCCCGGCCUCCUUCCAGGAGAAGGACUGCAAGGUGAUCUAUAUGGCUCGCAAUGCCAAGGAUGUCGUAGUCUCCUACUACUACUUCUACCAGAUGGCCAAGAUCCACCCUGAUCCUGGCACACUGAGCGAGUUCCUGCAGGCAUUCAUGGAUGGAAAAGUGGCCUAUGGCUCCUGGUACAAGCACGUGAAGGGCUGGUGGGAGAAGAGGCACGAGAAGCGGCUUCUCUACCUCUUCUAUGAGGAUAUGAAGAAGGACCCAUGGAGAGAGGUUCAGAAGAUCCUGCAGUUCCUGGGCAAGGAGGUGGCAGAGGAGACGGUGGCAAGGAUCUUCCACCACACCUCCUUCCAGGAGAUGAAGAAGAACCCUACUGCCAACUAUGAGACAAUGCCCACUACACCGAUGGACCACAGCCUCUCCCCAUUCAUGCAGAAAGGCAUCUCCAGUGACUGGGCGAAUCACUUCACUGUGGCCCAGAAUGAGCGCUUUGACCAGCACUACCAGCAGCACAUGGCAGGCUCGGAUCUCUGCUUCCAGUUGGAGGCAUGAGGGGUGCACAUCUUGGGGGCUCUGCACCCAGUGAGGAGCAGGUACUGGAUUCCUGCUGCAGCAGUGCCAGUCUGGGGCACACUACCAUUCAUUUUUAUUCCUGUAAUAAAUUGCAAUAGACAGAGUGUUGCCAAGAAGUUAAACAACUUCUCUGUGAGUGGAAAAACCCCAAAGCAGCCAGAAGGUGCCCACUGCCCCACAGUGCCUCUUUGCCUAGACGUGUUUAUGCCUCUGAAUUGCUGCAGAUUGCUUUGCAGAGUGGGCAGUGGCAGGGCAGAAAUAUCCAUUGCCAUUGCAC